AUGGUGAAUUUAAACAUAAAAUCCAUGCGGUAUUUGUCCGCAGAGGAUUUUCGAACUUUGACAGCUGUUGAAAUGGGAAGUCGUAACCAUGAAGUUGUUCCUACUAGCAUGAUCAAUCAAAUUGCAAAAUUAAGAGGAGGAACCUGCGCUAAAUCUUUGUCUAUUUUAUAUAUGACAAAAUUAAUUGCUAAAAUGCCUCAUAUUAGUUAUGACGGAUACAGGUUGACCUCUGCAGGCUAUGACUACUUAGCCUUGAAAGCAUUAUCGAAACGUGCAAGUGUAUAUUCUGUCGGCAAUCAGAUUGGUGUUGGAAAAGAGUCGGAUGUAUAUGUCGUUAGUGACCAGAAAGGAAAGCAGUACAUAUUAAAAAUUCAUCGUCUGGGAAGAACCUCCUUCCGUAGCGUCAAGAAUAACAGAGACUAUUUAAAAAAUAGGAAAACAAGCUCAUGGCAAUACCUCUCUAGGUUGGCUGCUACAAAAGAGUUUACAUUUAUGAAAAUCCUUUACGAGCAUGGAUUUCCUAUUCCCAAACCAAUUGAUCAUUCUAGACAUUGCGUUAUUAUGGAAUUCAUUGAUGCCUUUCCUUUGCGAGCAAUUCAAGAAGUCAAAGAUCCUGCUGAUCUUUAUAAAAGACUUAUAGAUAUUUUAGUGCGGUUAGCGAGAAACGGUUUGAUUCAUGGUGAUUAUAAUGAAUUCAAUAUCAUCGUCUAUGAAGACGGUACGCCAGUUAUUAUCGACUUUCCUCAGAUGGUUUCUACUAGCCAUCCUGAUGCCAAAUGGUACUUUGAACGUGAUUUGAACUGCAUUGUUGAUUAUUUUAAAAAGCACUAUGUAUAUGAAGGCCCUGUUCCUGACUUCGACGAUAUAAUAAAUAUGGAGAAAGAAAAUUCCUUGGAUGUGCUUGUUGAAGCCACUGGUUUUAAUAAAAAGCAGGCGAAGGAAUUAGAACGAUAUAGAAAAGAUAUAGAAGAACGAAAGAGCAAGGGUGAAUUGGAGCCUGAAGAGGACGAAGAACAGAAGGAAGAAAGUUCUGAAGAGGAAGAAGAGGAUGGCGAAUAA